UGCAUAUUCCUGCUCGUCCCGCUGCAAGUUCACAGUGUGAUGUUUCGGCUGCAUGAAUGUUGUAAAAUCCCUCUCACCACCACCACCACCACCACCACUUGCACAGACACGUCCUCUCAGGAGUGAUGGGCUCCAAGUUGACCAGACAGAGAAGUCUCGAUUUUGAGAGCAAACUGUCCAAGAGGAGACGCCAGACACAUGACGUCCCCGCAGACAGCGAGACAAGUGGAGCAGAGAGCAGAGACGUGUUGUUUACCUCUUUGAUGCUCAAGUCCGACAAGAUACCAGGGAUGCUGCGUAAAAGCAACCAGAGCCCGUAUGUCAGACGCGUGGCGUGGAUCCGGGAAAUCCAGAGGCUUUUUCGGGAGCAAAAAAGGGAGCAAGCAGCUGAGGUGCUAAAACUGCUGAGGAAGGACUUGGGCCUCCAGGGGUCUUCACUCAACGACAUCUUGUACAAGAAUGCAGCUUUCCUCAACCUGGUCGACCCCAUUUCCCACGAGCUGCUGCUCAGUCUGGCCCGAGACCUGCAAUGUCCAAAAAGGGAGACUCACUCCUUCAAGUCCACCAACAAGAUCUGCCGCCAGCUGCUGUACCACCUGACCCCUCACUCCAAGUGGACGAGGCACAGCGUGCCCAGGAGAAAGUCUCAGGCUUGUCUGAAGACCACACUGAAGAGGAAACUGUCAGGAGACGUGGUCAACCUAUCUGGCAUCCCACUGUCAGGCCGAGACGUCCACCGCGUGGCCUUAUACCUCCAGAGCAGCAGCGACGCGGUGUCCACCUUGGACCUGAGCUUCACUGAGCUCCGGGACGAGAACUUCCGGCUGCUGCUGCCUCACCUCAGCUGCCUGCCCAAACUCGCCAUACUCGCCGUCAACGGCAACCGCCUGACGGUGGCCGUCUUGAAGGACCUGACGGACACAGUCAAAGACCCGAAGAAGUUCCCCAGCCUGGCCUGGAUCGACCUGGGCAACAACGUGGACAUCUUCACCGUGCCACAGCCGCUGCUCGUAGCCCUGCGGCGGCGCUUCGGCUUACGCAGCAGCCUGCCCACGAUUUAUGAGUACAGCGAGGUGCCGGCAUUCAGUCGCUACAUCCCGAACAUGGAGACCUCUGUGGAGGAGCCCAGUCUGUAUGAGGAGGGGGAUGUGGAAGAAGACGAUAGAGAGGAGGAGGUGGACAGGCUGGAGCUUCAGGCCUGGGGCUUCAGAGAAGAAGAUGUGUCAAAAAGUGUGCCACUGCACCUCUGUGGGAGGUGAUCGCCCAGAGAUACCUCUUCUGUUUUUUUUAGACUGGCAGCUCCUUAUAUUCCCGUGUAUCAGCUCACCCUGACUGUAGCCUCCUGUGUUCACAGUGGUCUGUGUGGCAGAAGAUGCUUCCAGUGACGCACACUCCUGAAAAUAACUUUAAAAUAAGUAACUGUGUUGUGUUUCCCUAUAUGGAUGCUCUGACGGCUGAAAUAAAGCAGUGUGAUGCAGACAGACAGAGGCCAUUGUUUGUACAGACUGAUUGAUUUCUCCUUUAUUUAUCCUGGCGAAGUUGGACUGAGCUGAGCAGUUUUUCAUUGUUCUGUGUUCCUGAAGUUUUGUGCUGUCACACCUUAAUGCUUCCACCGGAGCAGCCGGGGGGUUAAGUGCCUUGCAAAAAGGCACCGCAGCAGUAGCAGUCAAGAACAGGAGGGGAGUGUUAUUAACUCAGUCUUCAAAUGCUUUUUCUAUCGAGUCUCCCAUCUGUAACAACUUCUCACCCACUGCCCUGUUUUCUGUGAAAAUGUCUGAGUAAAUCAAAGCAACGAAGUUGCAAGAAAUAUUCCACUUAACAAAUCAAUUUCAGCUGAUGUUCUUGCUUAGAUGUGCGGCAACGCCUGAGACCAGCUAGUAAAUGGACACUUUCACACGUGUACAUAGCGUUUUUACAACUGCACUGUCAUUUUCUGUCGGGAUGCAGCAUGUAUUCAGGAGUGAAAUGAGGGAAGUUAAGCACGAUGAACACAUUUUCAUUUCAAGUCAAGUCCUGUUUCAGCUGCUGAUGAACCGGUCAUUGCCUCGAUCAGGUCUACUUAUAGACCAUUUCAGUCACAGAUGGUAAAUAGGAGAUCUGGGGGUUUUUACCUCCGGCAAAUAGGACGAGUCCCAGAUUUAAAAAAUGUGUCCUCUGGUGGUUCAUGAAUGAUUCUAUUUAGGAAUCAGACCAUGAGCGAGAAAAGAUGCCCAAUCUGGUUUUAAUGGCACACACUGAACAUUACAAGCAGCACUUUUUUCUUCUCCUUCUACAGUCUGCAUAUUUAUCUUCUACGACAUAUUAGUAUUAGGGCCAGAUUGAAGAUUGUUAAUCUUUGGAGAAUAAAGUCGUAAAGUUACAUUUUGAAUGGGGCUUCACAAAUAAAGAAAUACUUCAUAUUAUUUUUAUCAUCAGGACUUGAAAAAGAUUGUUUCUGUUGUGUUGUGUUGUGUUUGUGUUUCUUGUGUCUGUUUGGAAGAAAGAAUCACAGAGACUUGGAGAAAAGCGUCUCUCUUGUGGACUGGAGGAGGAAAUGGCUGGUCGUGGUCGACUGCAGGCUAUCGCUGUUAACAUCUGUGUGCUGCUGCUAUUGAAUAAUAAUACACUAGAUAAUGAUAGAAAAGAAUCUCAUGAUAUUACGACUUAAUUCUCAUAAUAUUAUGACUUUAUUCUUAUUAGAUUACAACUUUAUUCUCGUAAAAUUAUGACUUUAUUCUUAUAAUAUUAUGACUGUGAAAUACUAGAAUAUUACUUUAUUCUCGAAAUGUUUUUAUUUCUCUCUCUUCAGUUUGGCCUUAAUACGCCAUCGUAAAUCUUCAAUCUGGCAUGAAUACAUUUAUUUUUAACUUAUAUGUAGGUGUCAUGUUUUUGCCGCGUUCUUCUUCUUCUUGUCGCCACUGUGGCUUUCCUGCCUCCUUUAUUUCUUCUUUCCCAUUUGCUUUGUUCUUUUAUUUGGCAUUUACUUAAUCUCGUGCACCCCGAGUGGAUGGAUUUGUAUAAGUAUAUGUAUGUUUUUAUUUUUAUUUUUUAUUAUUGUAAGUGGACAUGACUGUUCAAUGUUGUGCAAUGUCAGAAGCCCUCAGACGCAACACAUGCUCAUAUAUUAGGGCCCCAGAGGUCUCAUACAACUCAUCCAUGCACUUGGAAAAAUGUUCUCAGGCAUUUGGAGCCCAUUGUAUUUAUUUAUUAAUAUGACAAAACAUAUGCCAAUAAAAUAAAGAUUCAUUCUAGGGGGAAACAUGUGGAGGCAUCUCUGCAAGAUCUUGCGUACAGAUGUUUAAUUCUCCACGGUUUUAUUCAGGGAAAAUUGGUUUAUUUGAGUUGACAGAAAUGUUAAUGGACAGGGUGUUUGUGUGUGUGUACAUACUGUAUGUUGGUGUGUGUGUGUGAGAGUAUAGUUAGAGUGUGUGUCUGUGUGCAAGAGGCUGCUCUGGAUAUGCAGAGUAAAUGACUACCUUUGAUCAUAGAAAUGAAAUGUUUACUCAUUUGCACUUUAAGGAAGACUCCUUUCCUGUUUCUGUCGCGCACUGUUGGUGUACAGUUUGAAUGACAAUAAUAAAGUCUCAGUCGAAGUCUUUCCGAAUAAUAAUAACAAGUUUGUUUGUUUGUUUGUUUGUGUUCGUUAAAAACAUACUGAAUUUUGCAGUUUGUAUAAAUCACUGCCAUGACAAAAAAAAAACACUGGUAAAUGUAUUUGCUGACCUGCUUUG